AUGGGAGGAUGCACAGACGAGCAGAUCGUUGGGUCAAAGACUGUUCAUGUUGGAGAUAAUGUGACCCUCACAUGUGCUCGCAAGGGAACAGAACCUGAUGUCACUACAGUCCCUACACCUGAUCCAGUCCAUACAGAAGCCUCAGGGUGUCUGCUGAGAGUUGAAGUCCCUACAUCUGAUGCAGUCCAUCCUGGAGACUCAGAGACUCUCCGGUGUUCAGUCCUCUCUGACUCUGAGAAGAAAACGUGUCCAGGAGAUCACAGUGUGUACUGCUUCAGAGCUGAAUCACAUGAAUUUCAUCUGACUUUACUUUAUGCGCAUGGACAAGAUGGAGAUAUAUGCGAGAAGACUCUCGAAGCUCAGUUGACACAGAAAUGUGUCUACAACUUCUCCAAGAGUAUCAGCUUCUCAGAUGCUGGGACUCAUUACUGUGCUGUGGUCAUGUGUGGAGAGAUAUUAUUUGGAAAUGGAACAAAACUGGACGUUGAAGCAGCCAACAUGUGGGAUUCUCAGAGGGCCAACACAAUGUUUUUUCUCUUGUGUGUUGUUUUGACUAUAAGUCUGAUCAUCAUAGCUUUCGUCAUUUGUUCCAUAAAGUCUUGGGAUUGUUGCAGUGGCACUCAAACCACUGGUGGACAGCACAAUCAACAUUUCAGGAAUUUAAGGAGAGAUGAGGACGCAUGGGUUUAUUCAGCUGUUGUCUAUACCAUGAUGGAAGGUGGCAGUGGUGGAAUGAUGGAUGCAAAGGCAGCGGAGAGAGAGGGGAUCUAUGAUGCUGUCAGGGCUUUUGGGUUGGAUCAGCCAUUCAGUCAGUUCCAGCAAAAAAAAUAAAAAUGUACGACUAAAAUAAAUUAUUUGACCUGGAAAAAGGAAACCUUCCUAUUUAUGUCAAUAUUUUUGAAAUGGGCGUUGGUAUUUUUGAAAUGUCGGUUAAAUCAUCACAGACAUUUUCACUUUCUUUGUAAUGCAACCUUUAAGCGUUAUACUUUUCAUGCCUAUGAGUAAAAUGAAGAGUUACAGGUAUGACAUAAAAUCAGAAUGCAGAUAAAGAAUCAGACAAAGAAUCAGCUAGUUAUGUUAAAAUAUUGCCAUGAUCUGAGCCUGCCUUAAUGUCAAGUUUAAAAUGUCUCUGAUCAUUAAGACCUAUGUAACUAUUACAGUCAUUUUAUUUUACCUGAUUUAACGUUGUCUAUAUUCCACAUUACAAAAGUAAGUGUUAGUUCUGUCGCAUCAUCAGACGUCUGUCUUUGUUUGGAGACAGACGCACGAUCAGAAAACUUUCAUCAAACUGUCUACAGUUUUCUGACAGCAUGUUGUGUUAUUUUAUGUGAAAUUUUCUGCAAGCUCUUAAAACAGUCAGCAUUCUCCUACAUUAUUGUUUAUUUUAUUUUAUCAUAAUCAGUUGUAUUGUAUUUCAUUUUUGUGCUUUUAUUUACUUGUUACUUAUUUUACUUGUGUUAUUGUUACCACUGAUACCCCUGAAGUGUUAGUCUAAUUUUACAUUACCUUUUAUCUUAUUUGUCAGGAAGUACCUUGUAACUUGAAAGUGUUAUGGCAGCAUGUAUUCUUGGUAAAAUAAAGAAGACACAAAGAUUACUGUGCUGACAAUGGUUUGCUGUUGUAAAUGUAAAUAUCAUAUUCAUUUAUGGAAAUACUAUAUCUCUACAAAAAUUUCAUAUACUGCUCCUAUUCUGGACAGUCAUAUUAGGUAAAAAC